GGAAUCAGGGAAUCAGGAACCAAAAUGUCUGCCAAAACAAAAACCAGGUGGGGGUCAGAUGUCAAGCACUAUCAAAUUUCACACAGUGUUCUUAGGGAGAGUAGGCUUGUGAUGUGGCAGUUGCCUGAAAAAGAUUAAAGAUUAUCUUCAUUAUUUACAAUAUAAAUAAAAUUUAAAGAGAGAUUAUCUGCCAUUAUUUAAAAGGAGCUACUGAAACAUGGCGAGGAUCUUGCAGUUGUUGGUGCUGGUGUCUGCAAUGAUUCCUAGUUUUUGUGUUGAAAAAGAAAAUCAAGAGUUACUGUUGGUUACUAUAGCAACAGAAGAAAAGGAUGGUCUGAGGAGGUAUUUGAGAAGUACAAAGAAAUACGACUUAGACACAAAGGUUUUUGGUCUGGGCACGGAAUGGCGGGGUGGAGAUAUGACAGCCCAGGGUGGAGGACACAAGAUUAACAUUCUGAAAGAAGAACUGGCCCAGUAUAAAGACAGAGAGGACCUUAUCCUUAUGUUCACUGACAGUUACGAUGUUGUGAUCACAGCAGGGGCUUCAGAGGUCCUAGAAAAGUUCAGCAAGUUGGAUGCACGUGUUCUCUUCUCCGCUGAGGGUUUCUGUUGGCCGGAUUCUUCCCUUGCUAACACAUAUCCUGGUGUAAAACUUCAUGAAAAAAGAUUUCUUUGUUCUGGAGGAUUUAUUGGCUAUGCACGAGAUGUGUAUGAGAUUAUUUCCCAUAAUGCAGUGGCAGAUUCUGAUGAUGACCAGCUGUAUUACACAAAAAUAUUUCUGGAUGAAUCACUUAGGGAAAAAUGGAAUAUUAAACUUGACAAGAGGUCUGAAAUAUUCAUGAAUCUACAUGGAGCUCUUAGUGACAUCAUGCUUAAGUUCAAAGGUCAGCACAGUUUUCUCUACAAUGUAAAAACAGGGACAGUACCUAUUGUUAUACAUGGAAAUGGCCCAAUAAAGCCUGAGUUUAACAGAUUGGCCAAUUAUUUGGCAGAUAGUUGGACAACAAGUUCUGGAUGUUCGGCUUGUGAGGAAGAUACUAUAAGUCUUGAGGGGCUGCAGGAUGUAGAUUAUCCAACAAUAUUGAUGGGCAUAUUUGUGGAACACCCGACUCCAUUCUUGAGAGAAGCAUUGCAGAAAGUGGCUGGCCUCGAUUAUCCUAAACAGAAAAUUGAUCUCUUAGUCCAUAACAAAGUAAAGAACCACCAGAAAGAUGUUGAACCUUUCGUGUCACAGUACGGCAAGUUAUACAAAUCUGUUAACACAAUAAAUGCUGCAGAUAGUGUGAGCGAGAAAGCUGCAAGGAACUGGGCCGUGGAGGAAUGUAUCAAGAAGGACUGUCAGUAUUUUUUCAAUGUUGAUGGAGAGGUACAUCUUGAUAAUGAUCAGACUUUAAAACUGCUCAUUCAGCAAAACAGGUCAGUUUUAGCACCAGUGAUGACCAGACGAGGCAAGGCAUGGUCAAACUUCUGGGGAGCACUUAGUGCUACAGGUUUCUAUGCUCGUUCAGAAGACUACAUGGAUAUUGUACACGGAGAUAAAAUAGGACUGUGGAAUGUUCCAUACAUGACAGGGGCGUAUCUUGUACAGGGUCAUGUUUUACCUUCGAUGAGGAAUGGUUAUGACUCCAGUAGCCUUGAUGCAGAUAUGGCCUUGUGUAAAACACUGAGAGAAAAGGGACAUUUUAUGUUUGUCACAAACAGAAAGGAGUUUGGAUAUCUAAUCAACUGUGAUGAAGCACAGACAGGACGCCUAAAUAUUGAAUUGUGGGAAAUUUUCAAUAAUCCAUAUGACUGGGAGAAACGAUACAUUCAUCCAAACUAUUCUCACAGUUUAGAGGAGACGUCCGUUAUAGAACAGCCGUGUCCCGAUGUGUUCUGGUUCCCGAUGAUGACGGAGGAGUUCUGUGAUGAGAUGGUUGCAGAGAUGGAAUACUUUGAUGGAUGGUCAGGUGGCAAAAGCGAGGAUGCAAGGUUAGCGGGUGGUUACGAGAAUGUACCUACUGAUGAUGUGCACAUGACUCAGGUUGGACUGCAGAACCAGUGGCUCGAGUUUCUACGAGCUUAUGUUGCUCCCUUAGCAACGAAAGUUUAUCCCGGAUAUUAUAGCAAUGAUCCACGUUUAGAAUCAGGUUAUGAAAGUGUUCCCACAGAUGACAUUCAUAUGACUCAAGUGGGCUUGCAGGAACAUUGGCUUGAGGUUUUGAAAAACUAUAUAGUACCACUAACGCUUAAAGUAUACCCUCAAUUUUAUGAUGUUGAUGAUCCUCCAAGAGCCAUUUUGAACUUUGUUGUGAAGUAUAACCCAGAACGGCAGAGAGAACUGAGGCCCCAUCAUGACUCCUCCACAUUUACGAUAAAUAUUGCACUCAAUCGUCCGAAAAUAGAUUACGAGGGUGGUGGAUGUCGAUUCUUGCGAUAUAACUGCAGUGUAACUGAUUCACGUAAAGGUUGGAUGAUAAUGCAUCCUGGGAGAUUGACCCAUUUUCACGAAGGUCUUCCAACCACCAAAGGAACCCGCUACAUAUUCGUCUCAUUUGUAGAUCCAUAAAUGCUCAGUGAUUAGGGUGUAUGCUAGAUAUGUGUUCAUUACAUUGUUUACUAAUUAGAGCGUAUGUGACAUAUUCAGCAUGUAGGAAAAUAAUGUUAUUCAGUUUAAUGCUGCAGUUUAAGGCCAGUAAUUAAAGAUGUUCAUUUGUAUUUAGUAUGUUGUGUUUAUAAAGCUUUUAGAUGAAUUGAAUGAAAAAAUAAAGUGGAGGUCCCUGCUUAAACCGGUGUAAAAGUUUCAUUAUUAUGUAUGACUCGGAUUCUGUCUAUCAGUUGUUCAUAGGAGUUAUCACCAUCUGGUAGUAUUGCAACCUCAUGAAAGAACACGUCAAUAGGGUGACUGUAUGUACGUAUGUUUUAAAAAGAAAUUUGCUAUGUAGGGGUAAAUUUAAAUAAACUGGUACCAAAAUGCUGCUGAAUGUCGUAUCAGUCACCUGUAAGACAUGUAAGUGACCACUUGCCUUAGGCAGCUUGUCUGCUCACUUCACAGAUUGAUAUUUUGUUCUGAUUUCAUCUUGUCUUAAAUGGCCAACUGCUGUAGAAAGCCAUAUUGCUGGCUGCUUGAUCAGGUCUGAGUGUGUAAAAGAUAUUGUCUAAGAGCUGUGUUUAAUUCAGUGCUUCUGUAGUGUGUUGAAUAGUAUGUGAGCAUAAUUAUGCUUUUUCUAGUCAAAUAUUUUGUGUAUAUUUGUUUAAUGGAUCAACGCCAAAGAAUAAUUUGUGUUAAUUUGCAAAGCUGAACAUUUAUUAGCAUUUCUGUGGUAUUUUAUGACUUGUUUCUGUAUUUACUAUUUUGUGAAACUUUCUUUAUAAAUCAGAAGGGGAAAACGCUUACUGAAGUUAGGAAAAGUUUCUAGGUGACCCAUUUUAUUUUGGAAAUUACCGAGAUUUAGCGGAAGUUUUAUGUUAGAUGGAUAUUGUGAGUUUUUAUAUCGUAAUACUGUAUAGGGCUUUGAAUUCGCAGUUGUUUUUUUUUUCGCUGUUUUCCAAAAUGGGCUGGUUCACAGUUAAUAUAUAAAUUAGUGCAAUUACAUAAAACGCAAAAUGAUGUUUUUGCAACAGUGUUUUUUCUAUAGGGUAUAUAGUGCGUUUUAUUCGACCUGGCUGGGCGCAGUUAAUCUGUGGCUUAUGCAAAUAAUUGUAAUCUUAAAAAACAAGCAAAAUAGGUAGAUCUACAGUGUAAGGUAGAUGGCCAGUGAAUAGGUAGAUCUACAGUGUAAGGUAGAUGGCCAGUGAAUAGGUAGAUCUACAGUGUAAGGUAGAUGGCCAGUGAAUUAGAAAUCAGGCUACAAAAUAUACUACAUAUCUUGCACAAUAAUGCAAUGGACAGUCGCGAAACCCCGCCCCACCAGGUCGAUUGAAAUGCACUGUACUUUAUUGCGUUUCUGAUUGUCCACUUUUCAGCACAUGUUUUGAAAAUUGGGUAUAGAUAACUAAAUAUGGGUAAUCCAGAAUAAUUUGAUUCGCUUACAACACUGGGGAUUGCUGAUAUGUAUCAUAAUUCUAACAAGUCGUGCACACUAUAAUCGCCUCGCUUUUUAUAAUAUUACCUUGUUUGAAAACAGUUCACCAGCUGUCGCAACAAAAUUGAGCUCCUAAAAAGAUCUUUUGUAUGGGCAGGUUUAAUCCCACCAGACAAAAACUGUUGGUGUAGGCACUUUUUAUGGGCAUACAGCUGUUGUGUGUGUCAAUAAAAACAAUUAUCAGCUAUUUAGAGAAAAUGCAGAGAUCAAAUAAGACAGACUUUAUAUAUUUAUGUAUGAAUUAUGUUUAUUUACAUGUAAUUUAAAUAAAGUUGAAAUUAUGAUUUGAUACAAUUAUUUGAUGACUGUUAGAAUAAAUUUAUAUAGUGAAUAGAAUAGUCAUGACUUAACUUGGAGUUAUGUCCCAUGGUAUGAAAGACAAAAAAACAUGUAACAUACUGAAUAUGUCCAUUUUAAAAUCACAGAUUUGGAAUUUGCUGAUAUUCAAAAUCCAUGAAAAUUGCAAAAAUAAAAACUCUGCAAAUAAAAGCUCCUAUACAGUCUUAGUAUUACAUUUCACUUGUUUACAUUUUUGGAGUAAAUAAACCAGGAUGUGUUAGUGUUGUAAAUACAAAUACAAGGUCUACAAUUUUUGUAUAGAAUUUUACCAAAUUGUCGAAAGAUACGUCUUUACAUGAGAAUUAUGUCAAGGAUGUAUUUAUCAUGACAAAUGAUUUUACUUUCUAUUGUACUUCUGUUGCUUUAUGUCUAUAGCCUUUUAUAAGUGACACUUUUCUAAUAAGUACAUUGUUGAAUUUGUAAUAUUUUGCUGCCACAUAUAUGUAUGUUGUAUUUUAUUUGCAAUUUCAGGUACAUUUCUCUUACUCAGUUUUUAUCUUAUACAGAUAUAUGAUUUUUUUUAACUGCAUUUAAUAUGGAUUGCAUACUUUUAAGUCCACAAGAUUGACAGAUUUGUUCACAAAGUGGUUUUAUUGACAGAUUGUGUGUAAAAAAAAUAUGUUUUUUAAUAGUUUUCAAUGCUUUAGAUAGUUUUGUGUCAGCUGAGAUCUGAUUGGUUUUUCAAAAGUACCAUGCAGUUACAUUAGAAAUGAGCUAAAUUUUGUAUAUUUGCUUUCAUCUGGAUGAUUUGGUAUAAUAUUUAGAUGUAUAACUGUUGGAAUAAUGCAUUGUUAUGCUGUAUCUUCCCUAAUUAAUACCCUCUUCCAACCCCACCCCCCAGCCGCCCAUCUUAAAAAAUGAAGUUAUGCCCCACCAGGUCGAUUGAAAUGCACUGUACUUUAUUGCGUUUCUGAUUGUCCACUUUUCAGCACAUGUUUUGAAAAUUGGGUAUAGAUAACUAAAUAUGGGUAAUCCGGAAUAAUUUGAUUCGCUCACAACACUGGGGAUUGCUGAUAUGUACCAUAAUUCUAACAAGUCGUGCACAUUAUAAUCGCCUCGCGUUUUAUAAUAUUACCUUGUUUGAAAACAGUUCACCAGCUGUCGCAACAAAAUUGAGCUCCUAAAAAGAUCUUUUGUAUGGGCAGGUUUAAUCCCACCAGACAAAAACUGUUGGUGUAGGUACUUUUUAUGGGCACACAGCUGUUGUGUGUGUCAAUAAAAACAAUUAUCGGCUAUUUAGAGAAAAUGCAGAGAUCAAAUAAGACGGACUUUAUAUAUUUAUGUAUGAAUUAUGUUUAUUUACAUGUAAUUUAAAUAAAGUUGAAAUUAUGAUUCGAUACAAUUAUUUGAUGACUGUUAGAAUAAAUUUAUAUAGUGAAUAGAAUAGUCAUGACUUAACUUGGAGUUAUGUCCCAUGGCAUGAAAGACAAAAAAACAUGUAACAUACUGAAUAUGUCCAAUUUAAAAUCACAGAUUUGGAAUUUGCUGAUAUUCAAAAUCCAUGAAAAUUGCAAAAAUAAAUACUCUGCAAAUAAAAGCCCCUAUACAGUCUUAGUAUUACAUUUCACUUGUUUACAUUUUUGGAGUAAAUAAACCAGGAUGUGUUUGUGUUGUAAGAUCUACAAUUUUUUGUGAUCUACAAUUUUUUUUAUAGAAUUUUACCAAAUUGUGGAAAGAUGUCUUUAUAUAAAAAUUAUGUUAAGGAUGUAUUUAUCAUGACAAAUGAUUUUACUUUCUAUUGUGCUUCUGUUGCUUUAUGUCUAUAACCUUUUAUAAGUGAAACUUUUCUAAUAAGUACAAUGUUAAAUUUGUAAUGUUUUGCUGCCAUAUAUAUGUAUGUUGUAUUUUAUUUGCAAUUUCAGGUACAUUUCUCUUACUCAGUUUUUAUGUUAUACAGAUAUAUGAUUUUUUUUUUAAUUGCAUUUAAUAUGCAGGUUUUUAAGUCCACAAGAUUGACAGAUUUGUUCGCAAAGUGGUUUUAUUGACAGAUUGUGUGUAAAAAAAAAAUGUUUUUUAAUAGUUUUCAAUGCUUUAGACAGUUUAGUAUCAGCUGAGAUCUGAUUGGUUUUUCAAAAGUACCAUGCAGUUACAUUAGAAAUGAGCUAAAUUUUGUAUAUUUGCUUUCAUCUGGAUGAUUUCGUAUAAUAUUUAGAUGCAUUACUGUUGGAAUAAUGCAUUGUUAUGCUGUAUCUUUCCUAAUUAAUGCCCUCUUCCACCCCCCACCCCCACCCCCAGCCACACCAUCUUAAAAAAAAUGAAGUUAUGUUUUAAGGGAAUUACCAGCAUUAUGGUAGUACUAUAAUUGUUCAGUUCAUUUAUUAUAUGUUGGAAUUUUUUGGUUGAUAUUUCCUAAAAGAAUAUAAAAAUGUCUUAUUUAUGGUCUUGAUAAAUAUACUUUUUAUUGAAAAACGUAUUACCCCUGAGGGCGUUAAUUAGGGAAUUGCCUGUUUGUUACUUUUGAGUUCUUGCAUUUUGAUAACGGUGAUAUUUUCAAUGUGUAUUUGAAUAUUUUUGUGUUUCAUUUGAAAGUUACAGUGCAAUGGUUGUAUAUAUGUGCUGUCUUGUGCCAUAUAUUUGAUUUUUAAAAAAAGUAUGCAAACUCCUAUGUUGUUGAAUCCAGUUUCUGCCAUAGAUCUGAAAAUAAUGUUAAUGUUGUUGAACUAUGUUAAUGGCAUUGAACUCAGUUCAUGUCAUUGGGCUGAGUUUAUGUCAGUGGAAUGAGUUUAUGCCAAUGGAAUGAGUUCACAUCAUUGAAAUUAGUUUAUGUCAGUGGAAUGAGUUUAUAUCAUUGAACUUAGUUUAUGUCACUAAAGGUAAAAUUGCUAGAACACAUUUACUUUUGAUAUGACACAUCACAUCUGAUAUUUGUUCUGUUAUAAACUAUCUGAGUAUACUUGAUGUAGCAGUGUUAGAAAAAAAACUUUUUUCCGUCCAUUAUGUUGUAUCAGUGUUGUGUGUAUUGUCACUGAACAUUGCGUUACUUGUACAUUGAUACAGUGCAUAUGUACACACAUAGGUUUAUAUGGGUGACUCGUUGGUCUAGUGGUUACAUGCUUGACUUUCAAUCCAGAUGUCUGAACUUUGAAUCCCAGUCCAGGCACUGUUAAUUUCUGAGAUGCUCUUGAGUGUCUCCCACCUAAGUAAGAGGACAGUACUGUUUCUUCUCAGGAAAGACGGCUUCGUAUGUAUGCUAUACACCAGGCACAUUAAAGAACCAGACUGUCUAUUCGUAAAGAGCUAGGCUAAGUUAGCCAGACAGGUCUGUAUCUUAAAAGGAUUUCUCUCUCUGUCAUGGGGGCUUUGUUUCACUCUGUUCAUCUGGUCAGAUCGCUCUGUGUCUGUACUAGUGGUGGAUGAAUUUGGCACCCUGAAAAGCUGCCUUUGUGCUGUGUUAAGUGCCUUUGAACAUGUUUAUCAUAAAAAGGGCCCUAUAUAAAUCUGGUAUAAUAACUAUAUUUUUUGGAAAAGUGUUUUCUGUGCAAAAUGAUUUUAUAAAGUGCAAAAUACUGUAGGUUUAUCAAGAAAUGACAAUGCUGUCAGAAGUCUUAAAAGAAGUAUUGGUCAUUGCUGCAAACUAGAUUUUAAGGUACAUGAGGUAGUGAUAUAUAAAUUAAUAUAAAUAUAAAUUAUGGUAGAAAAUUGCUUGUUUUUAUAAUGGGUAUGUCACUAUUGUCCGCCCCAUUAAAAUAUUCUGAUAAUCAGAUCUUAGUCUUCCACUGAAGUUAUCAGUAUCAUUUUUAAUUUCUUCCACAUUUCUCUUAAUAGAAGGUGUUGGUGUAAAUUUAGACCAUUUACUUAAAAUUACAAUUUUCAGCAGUCAGAGAUCAUGUUUCAUACCUUUUCUGUUCAUAUUAACAUUAGCCACAUUUGCUCUCAUCGCUUGUCCCUUCACAAAAAAGAAUCACUGCAAAUUCUUCCUCUGUUAUAAUAUGUUGCUUUGUUUCUUGCAGUGGUAUCUUGAAAUAUAUAUAAUUGAGCUGCACCAUGAGAAAACCAUCAUAGUGCAUUUGCGACCAGCAUGGAUUCAGACCAGCCUGCUUAUCCACGCAGUCUGGUCAGUAUCUAUGCGGGUCCCUUUCAAAGCCUAUUGCAAUUGGAGAAACCGUAAGCUUACAGCAUGCAUCCUGACCAGAAUGCGCUGAUGCGCAGGCUGGUCUGCAUCCAUGCUGGUCGCAAAUACACUAUGUUGGUUUUCUCUUGGUGUGGCUAAUAUAUGUUUGUCAUACUGGUAAUAUGAUAAGUGUCUUAUACUGAAAAGACACUUGAUACAAAUUCUUAUGUUGUUAAUUAAACUUUGAAAAUAAUAUAUCCCAAACAGUGAUUUCACUAAAUAAAAUCAUUGUCAUUCAGAUGCAAAGAAAUUAUAUCCCAAGAGUGAUGAGUUCUUAAUGUACACUGGAAUGAUAAACAGUGAGUGUAUUCAAGAGAAAAGCACCGUUAGGUAUAUGAUCCGUGCCAUGGGAAAACCAACAUAGUGGCAGUCUGGUCAGGAUCCAUGCUGUUCGCUAAUGGUUUCUCUAAUUGCUAUAGGCUAUGAAAGCGAACAGCAUGGAUCCUGACCACAGACUGCGCAGAUGCGCAGGCUGGUCUGGAUCCAUGCUGUUCGCAAAGCCACUACGUUGGUUUUCCCAUGGCGCGGCUCAUAUAUUGAUUCAAACAGAAUGUCCAGGAUUUGAUUUCUGUGCCCUUGAUGACACUGACCAAUAUUUGCAUGUAGUGAGGUUUUCUUUUAAAGUAUGCUGCUUUAACAUCUGAGGCAAUGAUAUAACUGUUGUUGAUGUACAAACAGUGAUUUUAUUGUAUAACAUUACUCUUGCAGUUUAUUAGUCGAUUAGAAAAACAAAACAGAUUGUGUUAAAAUAUAUGUUAAAUAUAUGUACUAAGUGUUAGAAAUCCAACAUUAAAGAAAUUCAUAUUUGAAUGCUGCUGUGUGAAAACCUGCAUUUGGAGUUUUGAGACCCUUAUGGAUGUAGAUUAUCAGCUGAAAGUGCUGAAAUCGAUAAAACAGUCUGGAUGUGGGCAUAAACAAACAGUUUAGAUGCAUACUGAUCUGGAUCACUACUAGUCACAGAACCCUAGUGUUUGUUUUCACACAGCUGUCACAUAGUACUCAUAUAACAUUUGCUUCAAUAUUCAUGAUAAUUUCAUUUUUAGUUGUAUAUUUUUGCUCUGAUUCUUUAUUUUGCAUUGUCACGACCAUCUUGCAAUAUGACAUUUUUAUUAAACUAACCUUUUGUAUGGAAUGGGGAUACUUACUUCAUUUUAAUGGUGACAUGCUUCCAGAAACACAUAUUUUUUUUCUAAAUGCUUGGUUAGGCAGUAAAUGUAUGUAACAUUUACCCUUACCAGGCGGUACACAAUUGAUUCUGCCUUUAGGACCGGCAUUGAUCUUUAUCGGCCUGCACAUCCAUACAGUCUGAUCAAGAUCUGCACUGUUCACAAUUCAGUCAGUAUCUUUUGAUAAGCACAACUUUUUAACAGUUAAUAAUACUGUCCAAAUUGAAAGAUGGACAAUUUCACUAUAGAAAUUUAGCAGGAUAAGGGUUGAAAAAGUGAUAUAAUAAGUUCCAAGUAGCAUUUGUUUGUAAAGAUUCUCCUGUAGCUUGUAAAAUGUAAAGAACAAACAACUCUAAAUCACUAGUAAGGCAACAGAAAUGUGGUAAUAAAUAGAAUGACUGUAGGUCUUCUUUAUGUCAUAGAAAGUUAAAUGAUGCUCAUUUAUGAGUUUUAACAUCAGAUCAGAGAAGUUUUCAGUUUUGAUGUUUAU